UUUGCAUUAGAGCAUAGCAAUUCACACUCCAUAUAAUACACAAAUUUCACUUAUACCCAUUAUGGCUCCAAAUUUCAACACUUCGGAUUCACUGUAUGAUUUUGUUGUCAAAAAUGGCAAUGGUGUAAAAGGCCUAAUAGACUCAGGUUUAUCAGAGGUGCCAGAAAGGUACAUACAACCGGAAGAAGAAAGAAUCAAGAAAGUAAAAACAAAAAGACAUGAUGUUUCACCAAUUGACCUAUCAAAACUUAGGGGUCCAGAUCACAAGAAAGUGUUGGAUGAAAUUGUUAGAGCAGCUGAGACACUUGGAUUUUUUCAAGUGGUGAAUCAUGGUAUCCCUUUGGAGUUGCUGGAAUCUCUCAAAGAUUCAGCUCACAGGUUCUUCAACUUGUCACCUGAGGAGAAAUCUCUAUUUUACCCUGGGGUGAGUCCAAGUACAAAAGUGAAAUAUGGAACAAGUUUUGCACCUGAGAAAGAAAAAGCAUUAGAAUGGAAAGAUUAUAUUAGUAUGGGAUAUACUGAUGAUCAUGACGCUCUCCAAUAUUGGCCUAAUGAAUGCAAGGAAGUUGCACUGGAUUAUUUAAAGUUAUCAAGCACGAUGGUAAGGGACAUAGUAGAAAUCUUGAUAGAGAACCUUGGAGUGAGAGUAGAAGAGUCAAGAAUUGAGGGUAUUAUUGGAAUGAAGAUGGUUAACAUGAACUAUUACCCAUUAUGCCCAAAUCCAGAUCUCACUGUUGGAGUAGGGCGCCACUCAGACAUGGGAACCAUCACUGUACUUCUCCAAGAUGGCAUUGGUGGUUUAUAUGUCAAACUUGAUGACCAUAAUAAUAAUCAUAAUGAUGUAGAGUGGCUUGAAGUUCCACCAAUUCCUGGUGCUCUAGUCAUCAACAUUGGAGAUACUAUUAAGAUUCUGAGCAAUGGAAAGUAUAAGAGUGCUGAACACAGAGUAAGGACAACAAGCACUGAAUCAAGGGUAUCAAUUCCAGUGUUUAUUUUUCCCAAACCUACCGAGAAGAUUGGGCCAUUGGAAGAGCUUGUGAAGAAAGAAGGGGUGGCUCGUUAUAGGGAAGUUAUGUUCCAAGAUUACAUGAACAACUUCUUUGCCAAUGCUCAUCAUGGAAAGAAGUCCCUUGAGUUUGCAAAAUGAACUUAAGUUUAUAAAUAUGAUUCAUUUAAAUUCUCGAUUUUUUUUAAAUAACUAUUUUGAUCUAUGAAAUUGCACUUUAUCUAUUAUUUUACAUCGGCUAUGUCAAGUGUUACUUGUCAUAAUCUAUUAGCAAAAUGUUAAUCACAAUAUUAAAUGAGAGAUAAAGAGCAAUUUCAAAGAUCAAUAUGGUCAUUUUGGAUUUUCGAGAACUAAAAUGAAAUUAUGUCCACAAAGUUGUGAAAGAAAAUAAACUUCUACUUGAAUCUUUUUAUUUCACAUUAAUAAUUUCUAGGAAGUGGAUAUUAAUUAUUA